AUGUCGUCCCCAGAUAUAGACCAAACCGCCGUCAACGAGACGUUGCUCGAGCGUCGUCAGCUGUUAACCGAGGGGCUGAAAAGCUUGCCCUAUGACCUGAUUCUCUAUCUCGAGCGGGCCGCCAUCUAUGCAGACCUCGGAUACCCCGAUCUUGCCGCUGGUGACGCAUAUCGAGCUCUCCUCCUCACUGAUGAGAUUGUAAACGACGGUUUUGAAUAUCACGACCAGGCCCAAGAAUCCUUGAGCCGAUAUAUCGGAGAGCCUCUCCCAGAGGCCCUAGUCCAGGGGCAACUUGCCGAUGAGUACCCUGACCUGGUCAAUGGGACCCACGGAGACGCAGACGUGGCUUCUGGCCAACUGGCACUGCUGGCAUCGAUAAGAGCAUAUCAAAUACUAUCGCUGAGCCUCUUGUUGUGCGGUUGCUUGAGAAGUGCCUCUCAAUUCUGUGACCGAGGCCUUGCGGCUGCGCCACAGAAUGCAAAACUGCUUCACACCAGGAACCAUAUUGACACCGUGGCAAGACAGAAGCUGGGCUUGACAGACUUCGAGGCCGAUGACUUGCCCGACUUUGGUCUUGUCCGCCGAGAGGUCUAUCCUUGGAACGACCAUGAGCCAGAUCGCUUCUCUCCAGAGUCUUUGCAGUCUUUGAAUGACGGCCUGAGGGAGAUGGCUCCAAAGUGUGCCGUCCAAGUGGCGACUCUGCCAGUCUUGUUAGAGGGGGAAAGUGAGACGGAUAACUACGAGAUAAUCCCCACUUGCAAACAGCUGGGCGUCUUUGCCCAGGAGGAUAUUGAGGCCGGCGAGGUUGUGCUUAGGGAGUACACUCUCCUUACGGCUAACAACCGACACAAGGAUUCAGUCUGCGAUGCCUGCAGUUCCGAGCUUGCCCCGCUUGGUAGCGAGAAUCGAUCUAUUCAGUGCGAAGAGUGCUUCGAUACCGUCUUCUGUAGUCAGGAAUGUCACGACGAGGCUCAGAGGCGCUACCAUCCUGCUGUCUGCGAUAAGGACGUGGACUCCAUUGCCAAAGAUCCCAGUGCAUUCGAGGCUGAUGAGACGCUACAUCUUCUUCUUCUUUCCAGAGUCCUGGCGAUAGCUGUCAACGAAGAGAUUCAUCCGCUGGAUGUACAAGAGGUGAAAUUCAUCUGGGGUGAUUUCGUACCUUCUCGAACCAACGAGAUCAAUAUAUCGCCCAACGCCGGCCCUCCGCCCGAGUGGACGCUUCCCUUCUCUUUCAAAUACAACAUUGAGGCGCCGCUGCAUAUACUGGAGAAGAUGGACAUUGACAUCUACGCCGGGCUGCCGGAAUACGAUCUGUGGGUGCUCAACACGCUAUAUGCCAAGUUUCGUGGGACCGCCUCGGCUCGCAAGAACCCGCGAGAUGGAAGGCCGGAUGUUGCUGCGGUGCAUCCAUAUUGGUGUCUCGCCAACCAUGACUGUGAUCCAAACGUCACAUGGGACUGGAGUGGCCGGAUGGUCCUCUCGGCAAGGAAGGAACGUGUCGUGGGCGGCCGGCCCGGAGGCAUCAAGAAAGGAGAGGAGAUUCUCAAUCAUUACUGCGACGUGACCCUGCCGGUACAGCAACGACGCGAAUGGGCUCGGGGAAGUCUGGGGGGCUGGUGCAUGUGCAAGAGGUGCCGCACUGAGGCGUCCGAGAAUAAAGCGGCUGAAAAUGGGACAUCGGCAUAA